AUGCCCCCUCCAUCUCCAUCUCAGUCGACGUCUCACUCUACAACGAGCUCUGUAGCAUCUCAAAAGACAGGCUUCAAGUUCCGAGCUCAUGAUUUUGUCAGUCACCAGCAAGCGGCUGCUUCUGGUCGGUCUACUACUGGUAGUAGUACUGGCACCGGUAGCCAAGACGUUACUAGUAGUAAGACUACGAUUCCAGCACCAAGUCCCUCUCAGGAAGAACAAGAAGAUCAGGAGUUUUUUGAAGGUUCCUACGAGAUGCGUCAGUUUUUGGGCAAGGGACGUCAGGGAGCCCAAGUCUUUGCCUGUCAUCAUCGAGACUCGGGAGAACUGCGAGCCGUCAAAGUCUGGCGCAAAUCCAGACGCCAAACCAGAAAUCGCUUUUCUACUACUACUUCUCCCUAUCUUGAUUUGGAGGAGAUCCAUUUGGACAACAAUAGCAAUAGCAAUAGCAAUAGUAGCAAGCCUCCCUUUAAUCCGGAACUGACGG